GCUCCCAGGUUCAGGUUAGCAGCCUGACAGCCUGUCGAGCCGCACAAACACAAGCGUCCCCGGACCUUUUCUCCCUCGGAUUCACUGUUUGAAUUCAAUGGUUCCGCUCAGGCACGACGAGUCGGAGGACUGUCACUGACGUGCGACCAACACGAUGGUGUUGACCGGCCCCCCUGCGGCCGGAGCGGGCGGCACGUAUGUUGUGUAGAUCUAGUAAGCCGGCUAAGGCGGAAACGCCGGCUCACAAUGUGGCAGGAAGUGGCGUUUCAUUCACAGAGGCGUGUGACGCACUUUUUGGCAAAUCCCUUGCUUGAAGACGGAGCGCACGUGACCGAGGCGGGCUGCUGUCGGUAUGCAGAAGUUAAACCUGUGUGUACGUGCAGGGCCAGAGACCUGAUCACGUCACGAUUCCAACUCCUGCUGCAAUCAGGGAUCUAAACAAGCUGGAUGAAGGACCUGCGCCUCUUCACAGGCCCUCCAGUGCUUCCCUCCGCCUAUAUUCUUCUUUGAGCUGUGCGUGGCCACGACAGGGACAGGCCGCCUCCACCCACCAUCCGGGCUGCCAAAUAUUCAUCCUCCCGCCCAUGCCUCCUUACAUGAGGCACUGUCGCCCUGUUGACCAAUCACAGGCUGACACAGACAGAUUGCUGAAGAAAAACAGAAGCACACAGGAGGCUGCACGCAUUUUUGAAAACCAGUCACACACGACACACUCAUGCUGCUCUCCAUCAAUUUUUCUGCUGCUCACGGAUUUUUGUGCUGAGCUGGUUUUCUUAACUAUAACUCCAGAGAGGAUUUACAAGACUUUAGUGAAGUUCUGAUUUUCCCUCUAAUUCUGACUGCAUUUUCUCUUUGCUGUGUGUUUUAUACACAUCUGCCAACAUGUGCCUUCUGACAGCAGCCCUGCUGUUUUCUUUACUUGAUGCCUCCUCCUGUGUUCAGUUUCUGGCACCUCUGAACAUGGGUGGCGUCAUGGGACAGGUGCAGUUUAACUCCACCUCCCAGACAGCCACCGUAAACGUGAUGGGUGCCGGAACCUGUGGUUCGCUUAACUUUUCCCUCAGCCAGUUCCCUGUCAAGUACGGUCAUGACGCUCAGCCCUGUACUGAAGCGAAUAUCGGCUCCAGCGUCUUCACCUUCACCGCUGAUCCGGCCUCAAACCCCACUGUCAACGUGUCACGCCUCUUUGAGCAAACCUCAAACCUGGAUGACUUCUCGCUGACUCUGCAGACGUGUAGUGGCAAUAAAGUGUGCACUGUUGUGAGUCGAGGUCAAACGCUCAUGACUUAUCAGGCCAGGUUCUACGGCCCCGUUGCAGGUAAUGUUUACAUCCGCAUCAACACAGGACAGACUGACACCAGGCUGCUCGCAGACCUGGUUACCAUCGGUCAGGUCAAUGCCUCACAAACCAAUACCACCCUCUAUGGAUCUACGAGCUCCGCUGCAAACUGCAGUGUUCUUCUAGGGAGCUUAGAUCCCUCAGCUUUGACAGGGCUGGGUGUGGUGAAAGUCGGAACCCCUUUACAGCCUGAGAAGUCCCGUCUGGAGCUGACCAGCUUCCACGUCAACACAACCUUUCUUCUCAUUCGCAUGGGGUCAACUUUCAAGUGUGCUCAGAUUUACACUGUGCCACAGAAACAGGUGAGCGCUGUUAUGAAUAUGAGAGGGAUCAGAGGAUACUUCAGCUUCCGCCAGGCUUCCCCGUUUGAUGUGACAGAGGUGAGGGUGAACCUGACUAACUUACAGAACAGAGUCGGCACUUACCAUGUCCAUAAUUUUCCCGUCCCCUCAAUCAGGUUGCCUCGAUCAAGCAUGUGUUCAAAUGAUAAUGUGGGCGGCCACUGGAAUCCAUUCGGACUCAACACAAGCGCCCCGACAUAUCCAAAUGGGCCCGGAUCAACACACGACAUGUAUGAGGUCGGUGACCUCAGCGCCAAGCACAUGUUACUCACAGGCAGAAACACGGUGGACGUGAUGUUCAAGGACUUCAACCUCCCUCUGUUUGGAAAGAACAGCAUCGUAGGCCGCUCAGUUGUGAUCCACCAAGCAGAUGGCUCUAGGUAUGUUUGUGCCAGCAUCAGCUAUCCAGGUGAAGUGAUCGUAGCCAGAGCCAGAUUCCAGAGGCUUGUGGUUGGUGAGAUCUUGUUCACCCAGCUGAAAAACAACCCCCUGUCAGAUGUGUCCGUCUUCUCGGAUUUGUCUUAUGGAAAUCCCACAAUGACGCCAACCAGAAACCACAACUGGCAUGUUCACACAUACCCAAUCAGCUCAGAGCGGGACGAUGAUGAACGGCGCUGCAGCACAACAGGAGGACACUGGAACCCCUUUAAUGUUAACACGUCAGACAGCAGCUAUGCCCUCCACUGUCGCCCAUCCAGUCCCUUAUCCUGCGAGGUGGGAGACCUCUCCAGCAAACUCAGCACCAUCAACCUCGGCAUCAGCGUUGGCAGUGUGGAAGCAAAAUACUUCUUUACUGAUGUCACUUCAUGGUUGUCCGAGUCUGGCAUCAUCGGUCGUUCUGUGGUCAUCCAUCAAGCAGACAGAGGAGGUCCAAGGAUCGCUUGUGCCAACAUCACAAUGGUGCGGGUCCCUAAAGCUAGCACUGACAGCUGGUUUGGCCCUGGGAUGUCCAGUGGCCAGAUACAGUUCUCCCAGGCUGUCCCACAAGGCCCCACACAUAUAAACGUGUCUCUGAGGAAUCUGGACUCCUUAGCCGGCGGUUACCACGUACACAUUCUGCCCCUCAUACCAGGCAGCGUAGAGCCCUGCUCCAAUGCAAACAUCCUAGGCCACUUCAACCCUUUAGCCAUCAACAUAUCAAACAGCCCCGCAUCUGGAACUGGCACAGUUGACCAGUAUGAGAUAGGAGACAUCAGCGGAAAGUUUGGGACACUGAAUGGCCUCACUGAGUUUCAGGCUGCGUACAUGGAUCCUGACAUGCCAUUAACGGGACCCUUCAGUGUCGUGGGGAGAUCAAUUGUUAUUCACUACGUGAACGGAUCAAGACUGCGUUGUGCUGACGUCUCAGCUGACAGAGACACAGACGGACAAUGGACCCUCGCCAGGGCUGAAUUCAACGGUACAGUGACUGGGACAGUCAUAAUGCGCCAGCAGGUGUUUCCUGACGGGAGCUUCAGCGAUCUCACACUGGUGGUGAGACUUCAGUCAUCAGCGAGACAAAAUGCAACUGAAGCAGCAUUGUUCAUCAACCAAAUGGGUGCCACCAACAGCCAGUGCAGCAGAGCGGGCAACACAUUCAAUCCCUUCAACAUGACAUCAGUGAGCUCCAGCUGUUCACUGGAAAACCCUCUGAGCUGUGUGAUGGGAGAGGUGUCGGCAAGGCAAGGAAAUGUCAGCCUGACUCAGGGACAGGUCUUUACGGACAGCAUCAUCCAGCUCACUGGAGACGAGACAGUGGUCGGCAGAUCUCUGGUGCUGAUGAGCGGCGACAGCAUCAUCGCAUGUGCAGAAAUCCUCCCAGAAUCCCCUUCAGCAGAGCAGACCUUUCCCAAUGUGGCUAACUUCAGCAGAACGGACUUCCGUACGAGGGUCGCAAAUGUCCUGGGGACAGUCAGGGGAAGUGUCACCAUCCUGCCUGACUCUCCCCGCUCUGCAGCUAAUGGACAGUGCCAGACAGUCAGCUACAUGGUCUCUGGGAAUGUCAGCGCAGCGCUUCUGAUGUCGGUCAAAACCAGCGCGCAGAUGGGAGUGUUUAGAGAGUCUGACACAUGCAGAAGUGUAGGAACUGCAGGAAAUGCAGGUCUGCAGCUGCUACCAGGAACUCUUCUUCUUGGCUUGAUGUUUGCUGUCGCCCGCCUGCUGCCAUCUACAGCUUAUUUAUAGCCUCACCGUGCAUCACAAGUGCGGACACAUGGAUCCUCUCGUUGUAAAACUGUGAAUAUGUUCAUGAAAUGUGGUCCGACGAGUGAUACGGUGGUCAUCUAAUUAAUCAUCAGGCCAAUAAUUACUUUCUUUUUUCUUUUUCUUUUUUUUUUUUCUCAACAAAUAGUGAUCUUGUAUUUUUAAAGUUAACUCUUUGGGUAAGAGGCACAACAUGAUAAUAUCAGUGAAUUCAAAUACAGUGCAAAAUUCAUAGUUCAUACAUUCUUGUCAUAAUAAAAGGCACAGGUGAUGUAUAAAAUGUACAGACACAGGUGUAUAUUGGAUGUUGAUCAUCGUGGGUCCCUUUAAUUUAGUCAGUGAAGUCAGGUUGUUAGAGUCAAGCAGACAGCAGGAGCACAAUGUUUUUUUCUACUUUGUGACUAAAUGUAAUUUACACCAAACUGAAGCUGCUGUGCCCACUCACGUGUGGCUUAUUUUGAUAGACAGAUGGAAAGCCAUCACAUUUAACAGUAAUCAUCCUCUUCAACAAACUAUCCAUUGAUUGUUAAGUUAAGCCUUUAUAGAAGUGACAGGUUUCUGUAACAAUUAUUGUUCAUUUGUAUUCACUUGGACUAUUACUGUAAGAGGGUGGGUGAAGUUAAUGCUGUACGUUUUCCAAUACUGAGACUUUAUUUUCUGUUUAUGCACUAUCCAUUUAUCCAUGUCAAAUCGUGUGUAAAUAUCUUGAAAAUUGUGAAUAAAAUACAAUAAUGUU